UUUUGCUUUUUUGUCGGCUCAAAACCAAAUAUGGUGUAUUUUUAAAUUAUAGGUUCUUGAGUGUGGAGUCUGUGAAGAUGUAUUUUCUUUGCAAGGCGACAAAGUUCCCCGUCUACUUUUAUGUGGCCAUACUGUCUGCCAUGACUGUCUUACCCGGCUUCCCCUUCAUGGCAGAGCAGUUCGUUGUCCCUUUGAUCGACAAGUUACUGAACUAGGAGAUUCUGGUGUCUGGGGCUUGAAAAAGAAUUUUGCUUUGUUGGAACUCUUGGAACGAUUGCAGAAUGGACCUGCUGGGCAGUGUGGGACAGCAGAAGACACCAUUGGUCUAUCUGGAGAGAGUAUAAUUCGUUGCGAUGAAGAUGAAGCCCAUGUUGCAUCAGUAUAUUGCACUGUUUGUGCCACUCACCUGUGUGCAGACUGUUCCCAGCUUACUCAUUCUACAAAGACACUAGCGAAACACAGACGUGUACCUCUUGCUGAUAAACCUCAUGAGAAGACCAUGUGCUCCCAACACCAAGUGCAUGCUAUUGAGUUUGUUUGUUUAGAAGAGGGCUGUCAGGCGAGUCCUCUUAUGUGUUGUGUCUGCAAAGAAUACGGGAAACAUCAAGGUCAUAAGCAUUCUGUCUUGGAACCAGAAGCAAACCAGAUUCGUGCAUCAAUUUUAGACAUGGCCCACUGUAUAAGAACUUUCACAGAAGAAAUCUCAGAUUAUUCCAGAAAAUUGGUUGGAAUUGUUCAGCAUAUAGAAGGAGGAGAACAAAUAGUUGAAGAUGGAGUUGGAAUGGCCCAUACUGAACAUGUACCUGGGACUGCAGAGAACGCUCGCUCGUGUGUCCGAGCCUAUUUUUCUGAUCUUCAUGAAACACUUUGUCGUCAGGAGGAAAUGGCUCUUAGUGUUGUUGAUGCUCACGUGAGAGAGAAGUUGAUUUGGCUUAGGCAACAGCAAGAAGACAUGACCAUUCUCUUGUCACAGGUUUCCACAGCUUGCCUUCAUUGUGAGAAGACUUUACAACAGGAUGACUGCAGAGUAGUGUUGGCCAAACAGGAAAUUACAAGAUUGCUAGAGACAUUACAGAAACAGCAACAGCAGUUUACAGAACUUGCAGAUCAUGUUCAGCUGGACGCUAGCAUACCUGUCACUUUUACAAAGGACAACAGGGUACAUAUUGGGCCAAAAAUGGAAAUUCGGGUUGUUACUCUAGGAUUAGAUGGAGCUGGCAAAACAACUAUUUUGUUUAAGUUAAAACAAGAUGAAUUCAUGCAGCCAAUUCCAACUAUAGGUUUUAAUGUUGAAACAGUAGAAUACAAGAAUCUGAAGUUUACUAUUUGGGAUGUAGGAGGGAAACACAAAUUGAGGCCCUUGUGGAAGCAUUAUUAUCUCAAUACACAAGCGGUGGUGUUUGUGGUUGAUAGCAGUCACAGAGACAGGGUCAGUGAAGCACACAGUGAACUUGCAAAAUUAUUAACAGAGAAGGAAUUGUGGGACGCCUUGCUCUUGAUCUUUGCUAAUAAACAGGAUGUAGCAGGUGCACUUUCAGUGGAAGAAAUCACAGAACUGCUCAGUCUCCACAAACUCUGCUGUGGCCGUAGCUGGUAUAUUCAGGCUUGUGAUGCCCGAAGUGGUACAGGACUUUAUGAAGGAUUGGACUGGCUUUCAAGGCAGUUAGUAGCUGCUGGUGUCCUGGAUGUGGCUUAAUUUUACAGCAGCUGCAGUUUAAGGUUGUAGUUUACUGUUUUGAUACGUUUGCACGAUUUAGGAUGUUGUAGCCAGGUCUGCUGUCUGAAAAGGGGUUUUUAUUUAAUUUGGUGGUUACAGAAAAAUACAAGCCUUUCUCCUAGAUGGGAUAAUUG